GCCCGGCCCGGCCCCGCCGCCGCCACCGACAAACAAACACCGCCACCGAUAAACACCGGCACCGGCACCGCCAGCAGCGCCACAGCGCCCGAACCGGGCCCGCCGCAGCGCCCGCAGCAUGUCCCGGGUGCCCGUGGGGAAGGUGCUGCUGCGCAACGUCAUCCGCCACACCGGAGCGCACAACAAGCUUCAGGAAGAGACAGAAAUGUGGAAAAUAAGGGAAUGGGAGAAGCAGACGGAAGAGACUUACUGGAAAAGGCAGAGCAGAAUGCUGUCAGACACCUCCAGCAGUCGGAUGCGCAGCGAUGGCUUCGAYGAGGAGGGACACAGGACAGACUGGAAAACCAGGAACCCACAGUUCCUUGACCUGGUGGAAGAYGAUCUCCUCAGGGCCAGAUCCUGGAAUAAAAAGCUGUAUGAAUGUGAAGCCAACAUGCCAGACAGGUGGGGGCACAGUGGAUAUAAAGAGUUGUACCCUGAAGAAUUUGACACAGACAGUGACCAACAAGAAGGAGAUGAGCAAAAUGCCGUGAAUGGGAAGAAGAGAUCCCACCUGGGGAAGCAAACAGCCCAUGAGUCCCACAAAAGGAAAAAAACCAAGAAAUCGCACAAGAAGAAGCAAAAAAAGCGCUCACACAAAAAACGGAAGAAAAAGAAAAAGGAGCAGGAGAAAACUUCCACAGAUUCCUCCCGGGGGGAGAGCGAGGGCUCGGGAGAGGAGACUCCAAGCACCCGGAAAGGAAAACACAAGCGCAAGAAAAAAACCAGGAAAGUGCCUGCCAAGGAACCUACCUCUUCUUCUGGGCAGGAGAGUGACUUUUCCCAUGCAAGCAGCUCCAGCACCAGCAGCUCUGAGGACACUGAAUCCGAGGGGAAAAAGGAGAAACGGCCCCCGAGGAAGAGAAAGAAGCGUCCCAACUCCGUGCCGGAGAGGCAGAGUGAAGUGCCGGAGAAGAGGAGCAAGAGGAAGAACUGGAAGGUGGCRGGGGAUGAGAAAUCUGAGGACAGCUCUGAUGAGGACUGAGGGGUCUGGGCUGCAGCUCAGCCCAGGAUKGGGAGGACAGAGGCAGGUCCUUGUCACUCAGCACUGCCCCACUGCUCCAGCACUGUGCUUUACACACACCCUGCCAGCCUGGCUGCCCCUGGGCUCCCGGUCAGCAGGGCAGGACAGCACUGCCCUGUCCCACAGCRGGGCUUGUCCUGCCACCCUCAGACUCUUUGGCUGUGAUCAGGAUGGUUUUGUCUUAAAUUAUGUUUGAACAGAUUGCUCUUUUGGCUCUCCAGAACAAUGGCCRGUAGGAGAGAGGACAGGCUGAUAAAUCAAUCUGAAAACGGAGGAAAUUUCACUGUAACCCCACAGGAGCUUUGUCUUCCCAUCCUCCACCAAAAGCAGAGCUGUGGGGGCACACACAGGGUCAGCUGAGGGAWUAUUCUCAUUCCAGCUGAAGGUGCAGUGACUUUUUCAAUGCUGCAAAAAGACAGCAGUGCAUUUGCUUGGUUUAAACUCCUCUCCAGAGCCUGCUGUGGGCUGGCCACCGUGUCUACCUUCCUUCAUUCUCUAUGGGGAUGCUGAAACCGUUUGUGCUGACAGAGAGGCCUUGGUGGGUGUUGUGUCCUGUCUCUGCUCUGCCCAGUGUGUUACUGGAGAAACUGGUACCAGGCUGUUCCCCCUGCAGCGAACAGCCAAGCCUUUUAAUAAAAUAAAUCAAUCCA